ACGUGGCACAUAACGGCACAAAAUCUCUGUCUCCUUCAUCUUCUCAAUCUUUUCGCUUUGUUUCCUUCCAAGUUCUUCCACUUCCCUCAACAAAACGCCAUUUUUUUUCCUCAAUUCAUAAUGCCGUUACUCUAUUUGCUGCUGAACUCUUCAUCAAGCUUAACUUUUUCCUUUUGAAUCAAAGAAAAAAACGAGUGUAUCAUAAUGGGAGUGGGCGGCAAAUUCUGGGAUUUACUUAAACCCUACGCCCGUCACGAAGGACCCGAUUUCUUGACAAACAAACGGGUGGCCGUCGAUCUCUCUUAUUGGAUUGUCCAACACGAAACCGCCAUCAAAUCUUCCGUGCGCAAACCUCAUCUCCGCCUCACCUUCUUCCGUACCAUCAACCUCUUCUCCAAGUUUGGUGCAUUCCCUGUUUUUGUUGUUGAUGGAACCCCCUCGCCGUUAAAGUCUCGGGCCAGAAUUUUGCGGUUUUUUCGGUCAUCUGGUAUUGAGAUUUCUGAUUUACCGGUGCCGGAAGACGGUGUAUCUGUUGAGAGGAAUGGGGCGUUUUUGAAAUGUGUUAAAGAGUGCGUGGAAUUGCUUGAACUGUUGGGGAUGCCGGUUUUGAAAGCGAACGGCGAAGCUGAAGCUUUGUGUGCUCAGUUGAACCUUGAAGGUCUUGUGGAUGCUUGUAUUACUUCGGAUAGCGAUGCUUUCUUGUUUGGGGCUAAAUGUGUUAUCAAAUCCAUUAAACCCGACUCUAAAGAGCCAUUUGAAUGUUAUCAAAUGUCAGAUAUUGAAACUGGUCUUGGGUUGAAGAGAAACCAUUUGGUAGCCAUUGCUUUGUUGGUUGGGAAUGACCAUGAUCUAAAUGGAGUCCGGGGGAUUGGAGUUGAUACUGCUCUACGUUUUGUCCAAACUUUUCCAGAUGAUGAGAUUUUGAACGGCUUACGUGAAAUAGGCAAGGGAAAUGCUGACAUGGUUCAGGAUAUUUCGAAGGUUAAGGAAACUGAUAUGAUUGAUCCAUAUGAAAACUCGCCAAAGUCAAAGUCUUCUCACUGUACUUUGUGCGGACAUCCUGGUAGUAAAAGAGCACACUUCAAGUCUUCUUGUGAGUACUGUGACACCACUAGUGCUGAGGGUUGCACUAGAAAGCCUGAAGGUUUUAAAUGUAAUUGUAUCAGCUGUAAUAAGAUCCGCAAAGAUAAGGAGCAGCAAAAACUUGAAAAUUGGCAUAAUAAAGUUCACGAUAAGAUUUCAAUGGAGCUGAAUUUUCCAAAUGAUGAUAUUAUUGAAAUGUAUUUGUGUACCAGUCACGUAAAUUUUAUUGAGGAUGGUGGCACAUUUUUAUCAUGGGGAAGCCCAAACUCAGAGAUGCUUGUCGAUUUCCUGGCUUUUCAUCAGCUUUGGGAGCCAUCUUACAUUCGACAAAGAAUGCUUCCUAUGUUAUCAACUAUUUAUCUGCGAGAGAUGAUUGAAAAAACCGAGAAGACAUUGUUAUAUGGGCAAUAUGAAUUCAAUUCUAUUCAGCGUGUCAAAAUAAGAAAUGGGCACAAAUUUUAUGUGAUCAAGUGGAAGAAAGCUGUGCACACUGUUAGCAUUGAUAUCGAUACAGACACACCGGAAGAUUCGGAUAUGCAGCAGGAAGACAUUGUAGAAAUUGACGAUUCGAUUGAUCAAUUGGAAGAGUACAAUGUCCCACACAGUUAUGUUCAUGGUGGAUGUUGGUUUUUGCUGACAGAUGAAAAUAUGGAUCUUGUUCGUGGUGCUUUUCCAGAUGCAGUUGACAGAUAUUUAAAGGAGAAGGAACUGAAAGAAUCAAAAAGUAAAAAGAGUUCAGGCUCCAAAGGCAAGUCAGAAUCGGUGAAGUCACCUGGUAUCCAAAAGAACAUAACAGAAUUUUUUCAAUCCACCAAAGUACAGUUUCAUGCAACUGGAGGAGAAGAGCAAGCUGAUUGUUCUAAAAAUCAAGAUGGUGUGAUUUCGAAAGAGAAGAGGAAGAUUUCAAGUUCAAACCUUCCAAAGUCUGUGCGCCGCCGCCUUCUAUUUAAGUAGAUGUGACGUUCUAGGCACAGUAUAUUAAAAUGUAAAGCUAAUAUAACUAGUAGUUUAGAAUAGAUAGAUUUUUUGUAGAUAAGCUAGGAACUAGGUUUUGCAAAUAGUUAAUAAUGAACGUUGCAGGCCUUUGGUGAUUAGUAGUUGAGUGGCUUGCUUUAGUGAUUAGUAGAUGUUUCAGUUUUUAUAAUCAUUUGUUUUUUUAUGUAAAUCCUUUCUGGGGUUGUUUUUUAGCUGUUUAUAUCAGAACAAUGGCCUUGCUCUAAAAUAUCCAGUGUUUGAAGGUUUUCAAUUC